GGACCCCCCCCACACACACCAGAUAAUUAUGCCUUUUGUAAUUGUCGACCUAUACCAGUCUGUAAUUAUUGUCGACCAAUACCAGAUUAGUGUUGGCCGGCCCUUUUGAAGUGACAAACUUUCAAGUGGAUUGUAUAAGAGAAUAAACAAGAUGUACAGUGAGUGGAAAUCUCUCACCGAAGCCGUCCAAAAUGAGCCAAACCCUAACAGUGUUCUCACCACCUUCCCUCCCACGGUUGGUAGAGACGUGGUCCACGCCGUCCUGAAACCACUCAGCGAGACGACCAACUCCACUAGGGUCCCUUCCCCUAACCCGUUGUCAACGGCUGAACAAGUCCACUGGACCAUGCAGGUUAUUGGAUACGGUCUCACACUACCACUGAAUGAGCAGCAGCUCAUUGCCAGUUGUAUUGACGUCUAUGACAUCUGGUUGAACGCCUUGACGACUAAGAAAGGUUCAAUACCUGCACCUGUUUUGGCUGACCCGAAUCACUAUGCCCAGAUAAUAUUUGAGCAGUUAUCGCUACUUUUCAUGCCGAGAGUUCCUGAGCUUCCACACACAGGGAUUGGUUCGAGUUCGAGUGGAUCUACAGGAUUUCAUCACAGUAUGGGUCCUCACAACCAUGCUGUGUUGGGCAACAGAGCAUUGCAAAUUACACACUAUGUCAUCCGUAAUGCUAACGCUGUGUUCUCUCGAGAAACGUGGCAAGCUCUGCUCAAAUACCUCCUCAAAGUAUUGGACACACUUCUCUCCCCACCCCCUGAGGCGAAUAGCCUUGGGGUCACUCUCUGUAGUCUUCUCAUUCACGUUCUGUUUGAGGCAUGGCUAUGUGCCUGUAACACCUGUUUCCCAAGUCCUUCUCUCUGGAAGACACUUCGAGAGCUUUUUGCCAACUGGAGACAUCACCAUUGUGUAGUUGAGCAAUGGAAUAAAGCCGUCUACUCACUAUCUCUGCGUGUCAUCGCUCACCUCUACGGACCGAGCUACCUAAGUGGCAUCAAGCAAUCACUGGAAAAACAAGACAAAGAUUUCAAAGCGAUUAUCGAUGGAAUGCCAAAAGACGUGCUUGUCCAGUGCUGGUUUAGAAUGCUACACACAAUCGGGAACCCUGUGGAAUUGUCCUACCCUAGCAGAAUUUUUCAAUCCCCUGCCUUUCAAGCAGCUUUCAGUGAGUUCGAGUCAAGCAAACCCAAGCACAAGAUCCAUUCCUCUAUCCAAACCUGCUUAACCGACCUCCCCAAGAUAUUCCAAGAAGUGAUGUCUGGUAUUGCAAAGCUUGUGUAUCUGUUUCUAGCUGAGCGGAUGCCAAGUCGAGUGGUCAAGAAGGUGGAGCUCCCUGUGGUUAGGACUGCGCAUGGCUCUCCGGGUGUCAGGGCUAUACGGGAUGGACUCAGACAAGCCACAGGCAAUCGUGUGAGCACCUGGUAUGUGACUCCUGUGUCACCUGGUUCCUCGGCCUCUGUAAGCUCCGCCCCCUCCACCCCCUCCUCUGCUCCCCGGGCCGUUACUGUACCCUUAUUUGGGGAGGUGGGAAAGCCGAGAGGAAACACACUUCUCCACUUGUUUGGAGAGUGGCUCUUUGAGGCAGCCAUCUGGCCCUCUGAAGAGAAAGAGAAGAAGAGGCUUAGUCAUGUGACUUCAGAGCAUUCCCAUGGUGCGUCAGCUGACCUGGUGAACAUUGGGGACUAUGAGGAGGGUCGUGCUGAAGCCCUUGGUGCUCUCUGUUCUAUCUUCACCUCCCAGCAGUGUGGUGAACCAUUUCUGCCCGUCUACUUGGGCAGGUUCUAUCACGCCCUCACAGUUGGGCUGCAGUUCAACGAGGCGAUCUGCCAUGGUCAAAUGCUGACCAAGAUCAUCUUGAACUCACGUGGCCUACUCAGGAAGGACAUGAAGAGCAUCAACAUGGUGGUGCCCCAUCUCAUAGAGGCCCUUGAAAUCAUUCUACCACCCAACGAAGUCUCCUUCAGGUGCGCUGUGGACAGUGUUGAGCUGCGUAACUGUUCCAUUGAUCUCCUCCUCUCCAUGCUCUCUCUGCCCCUGCACUUCCUCGACCAGCCUCUACCCGACUUGUCCAAGGUAGUCCCUGAUCUCCAAGUCCCACCCACUCCUUCCCAUCGAGGCUCCUUGUCUGCAAAUACCCUGACCUCUGACCCCAGCUCCACCCACAAUACCACGGACGGCCCUCCUCUCACAUUUGUCUCACUGAAAGACAAGCUCCUCAACAUUCUCUUUAGAGCAGUGGAGAGUGAGAAGGAUCCGGUUAAUGUGCAGAUGCUGCUCCACGCACUCAUGACCUUCAUGCAGGACAUAGUGUGCUAUGAGAAUGCCGUGUCUCGGAUGAUCUCUGUUGAGAGUGAGGAGGAUGUGGAAGUGUCAUCCAUCAAUGCCCCCCAUCGUCCCCUCGGUGCCACUCGGAGUGACGCCUCAGUCCAGUCACAGAUCACCCUCUCACCAACUGUCUAUUCAACGUCGUCUCUGUUCCAGCAGGCUGUGACAUCGGGCAACUACUGUCUGACUGAGUGGGGAGAGACUAACGUGCAAGUGGCCUUGGCUGCACUAGAGCUCUUUGGGGGACUGGCAGAGCUGCAAAUCGAGGACAUUAAUCGCAGUGACUGUCAGCAUCCUGUGCUGCUGGUGUGUAGCUUUAUCCAGCACCAAGCCAUGAAGGACAGGCCUCAACACAACAAGGAUCUCCACACGUCCAUAGUGGCUGCUCUCAACACCCUGCUACGCUGGAUCAAUGCACACCCCUAUCUCCUAGGUUACAAGGAGUCACUGACAGCUGUAAUGGAGGUGAUAGAACUGGGUGUGUCAGGCACAGUGUCAUCUAUGGCAAAUGGGGAGAAGGUGUACAAAGGCAACAAGGAGAUGAAGCCAAUUUCUGGAAGAGUGAAAGAAAUGGCUGAAUUCAUACUCUCCUGUGUCAUGGAGAAGGCUGGUGCAUUCCCAUCACCGUGUGGAGCUGAGGCUUUAUCUUCUUUGCUCUCCGAAGAAGACAUUAUAUCGAAGCUUCGGCCUGAAACAAAGGAAAAUGCAAAGUUCCAGUACUUCAUCAUGGACAAUUCACUGGUGCUUGGUCUAUUGGAGGGUGCAUUCCAUGACGACGAUGCAAGCUCACUGCCUACAGUGACAGCUGUUGUCCGCAGCCUCACUGGAAGACACGUGUGGAGCAUGCAGCUGCGGAAUAACCCUCGAUCACAGCAGGUUUCCACUGAUCAUAUGAUCAGCAAGCCCCGCCCACAUCCAAGGACCCCUCGCACAAUACCUCAGUCAGACUUGGAGCGGAGGCCAUGGCCAGAACAAGUCGACCAGGAGCCCAUCAUGAAAAUUAACCAGAGUAUCCCUGACCUGGAGGAGGUGUUAGACGAUAUCUCCCUGCCUCUACACACGGCCAUUGCUGCACUCACCACUCAGCAGAUUGAGGAGGAGGUCAAAGUUCACAAUAAGGCUCGUCUCCGUAGAGACAGUGUGACAUACCCUGACCCUACGAUAGCUUUGGAGCCUACCAGGGUUCAAGAGUGCGUGAACACGGCACGGCUGUUCUUGAAUCACAUAGGAAUGCUGAAUAUUGAGAGUGUUCAGGAACGUGCUGACAGCCAACAGUCUUCCCUGACUAUGCUAGAGAACAGUCCGAACCUGCUGAACAGCCUCUGCACUCUGGACCGCCUUCCCUCUCGUUACUGUAACACAGUGUUUGUACUCUACCUCAAAGAGGGGAUCUCUAAACCUGAAGAUAUCUUACUCACACAGAAACUGAUGGAUAAGCCUGCCGAGUACAUAGAGUUUCUACACGGCCUGGGAUGGAUAGUGGACCCCAUCUCACACCCAGGAUUCUCAGGUCGUAUCCGUGAGGCAAAAUCCUUUGACCAAUCUCGACCUAUAGGGUUAUCCGCUGAAAUCCCACUAAAACCGUUCCCGUACUAUGCCGACGCUAUCUCUGAAGUAGCCUUUAUAAUGCCAACUCUUAAACCUUCGUCGAGUGAUUCAGCGUUGAGUAUUCGAAGCACCGAAUCAUCUGACUCCGGUCAAGACACCAACUCCCUGUCCAGCCAUCAAGGAGAGCUUCUAUCCUCUAUGCAACCCCCUAUGAAGGACACACAGGGCAGUGGUGUGGGCGAAUCUGCAGUGACUGCCGAUGGUGGUGGCGGUACUAGUCGUAGACACAGCAGCAAACCGGAGAUAGUCGCGCUGGACACACCACGUAGCAAAAGAGGAGCAGUGCCUCAGGACUGUGCAGCUAUUGUUGUCUGGCUGGAGAAGUUUGAGGAUCAUUCGACGUUUCCCCUGGAGACACUGAGUGGUAUUCUACACAGUGGAGGUGUGACUGGGAGUCAGAAGUUUGUCAAGAAGGGGCUACCGGUAGUGUUUAUUCACAUGCUCUCAUCUGGGCUCUUUCAGAUCAUCACAAAGAACCCAAAAAGCAGACCUGACACCAUGGCUGGGCCACUCAUUGAUGGGAUGGUGGUCAGUCGACGCUCACUCAGUAUCCUAGUACGUCAGACAACUCUCAACAUGUGUCAGCGACACAGGAUGGAAAAUGAAGGGUAUUGCCCUCCUCAUGUAAAGCGCAAACGAAAGAUUGAAGAGAUGGCUGCUAACUUUGGACUCAGAGUGCCAGUAGCUGACUUUUAUUGCAGACUGUUCUCACAAAUGGACAAUAGACAAGACAAUGCACAUAUGUCAGUAUUGUGAACUUCAUUGUAAUUACGUACAUGUAGACAUGCAAACGUCAAUGUAAAAAUAAAAAUUUUUGUUGUGGUUUUAUA